GCUUCCGGUGCAUGGCGGCGCCGCGGUGAGGAGGGGACAUGGCGGCGGCGCGGCCCUCGCUGCCGGUCGUUUACCAGGCGGUGAAGGCGCUGUACCACGACCCCGACCCCGCGGGAAAGGAGCGCGCGUCGCUCUGGCUCGGGGAGUUCCAGAGAUCGAUGUACGCCUGGGAGAUCUCAGACCAACUGUUACAGAUGCAGCAGGAGGUGGAGCUGUGUUACUUUGCGGCUCAGACCAUGAAGAUGAAGAUACAGACCUCGUUCAACGAGCUUCCCCCUGAAACCCACCUGGCACUCCGUGACUCACUGCUCACACACAUCCAGAACCUCAAGGACAUCUCCCCUGUCAUCGUCACACAGCUGGCUCUGGCUAUCGCUGAUCUGGCUCUGCAAAUGGCCUCGUGGAAGGGAUGUGUCCAGAUGCUAAUUGAAAAAUAUGGUAAUGACCCAGCCUCGCUGUGCUUCCUGUUGGAGAUCCUGACGGUGUUGCCCGAGGAGGUCCACAGCCGCUCGCUCCGCAUCGGAGCCAAUCGUCGCACUGAGAUCAUCGAGGACCUGGCCUACUCCUCCAGCACCGUCGUCUCACUGCUUACCGCCUGUGCAGAGCAAGCGGGGAGUGAGGAGAAGACCCUGAUCAGAGUUUUCCGCUGCCUGGGGAGCUGGUUCAACCUCGGUGUCCUGGACAGCAGCUUCAUGGCCAACAACCGCCUGCUGCUCAACCUUUUCCAGGCUCUGCAACGUGACAAUACCUCAACCAACCUGCACGAGGCAGCGUGUGACUGUAUCUGCUCAGCGCUGUACGCCAUCGAGAACGUGGAGUCCACCCUGCCCCUGGCUCUGCACCUCUUUCAGGGUGUGCUCACACUGGAGUCCGCGUAUCACAUGGCAGUGGCUCGCGAGGACCUGGACAAGAUCCUGAAUUACUGCCGGAUAUUUACGGAGCUGUGCGAGACCUUCUUGGAGAUGAUCGUGCAGACCCCAGGGCAAGGUCUGGGAGAUCUGCGGACACUUGAGCUGCUGCUGAUCUGUGUGGGACACCCGCAGUACGAGGUGGCCGAGAUCAGCUUUAACUUCUGGUACCGGCUGGGCGAGCACCUGUACAAGAUGAGCGACCCCUCCCGUCACGCCGUCUUCCGUCCCUACAUCCAGCGGCUGCUGCACGCACUGGCCAGACACUGCCAGCUCGAGCCAGACCACGAAGGAAUCCCGGAGGACUCGGAUGACUUUGGGGAGUUCCGGAUGAGGGUGUCGGACCUGGUAAAGGACGUGAUUUUCCUGGUGGGAUCCAUGGAGUGUUUUACACAGCUCUACUCCACCCUGAAAGACAGCGGCCCAUCGUGGGAGGUCACAGAGGCCGUGCUGUUUAUCAUGGCCGCCAUAGCGAAGAGCGUGGAUCCUGACAAUAACCCCACCCUGGCUGAGGUGCUGGAGGCUGUGGUGCAGCUCCCAGACAAUGUGAACCUGGCCGUGCGUUACACCAGCAUCGAGCUGGUGGGGGAACUCAACGAGGUGGUCGACAGGAACCCCAGGUUCUUAGACCCGGUGCUGCAUUACCUGAUGAAGGGGCUUCGGGAGAAGGUUCUGGCCUCAGCCUCGGCCAAAGCCAUCCAGAGUAUCUGCUCGUCCUGCCGAGACCACAUGACCCAGCACUUUGAGGGACUGCUGGAGAUCGCCCGCUCCCUCGACACCUUCAGCCUGUCCCACGAAGCUGCCAUUGGCCUGCUGAAAGGCACGGCCCUAGUUCUCUGUCGCCUUCCACUUGACAAGAUCACCAAAUGCCUCAGUGAGCUGUGUGCCGUGCAAGUGCUCGCCCUCAAAAAGCUUCUGGCCCAGGAGCCGGGGAACGGAUUAGCCACGGACCCCACCAUCUGGCUGGAUCGGCUGGCCGUCAUCUUCAGACACACAAACCCUAUUGUGGAAAACGGACAAACACACCCGUGUCAGAAGGUCAUACAUGAAAUCUGGCCUGUUCUUUCCGAGACCCUAAACAAGCACCAGGGGGACAACCGGAUUGUGGAGCGUUGCUGUCGUUGCCUGCGGUUUGCUGUGCGCUGUGUGGGCAAAGGGUCAGCCGCUCUGCUCCAGCCCCUGGUCACACAGAUGGUGAAUGUGUACCGGGUUCACCCUCACUCCUGUUUCCUGUACCUGGGCAGUAUCCUGGUGGACGAGUACGGGAUGGAGGAGGGCUGUCGGCAGGGGUUGCUGGACAUGGUGCAGGCGCUGUGUAUGCCGACAUUCCAGCUGCUGGAGCAGCCAAAUGGCCUUCGGGAUCAUCCCGACACUGUGGACGACCUCUUCCGCCUGGCGACCAGGUUUAUCCAGCGGAGCCCGGCCACCCUGCUGCAGAGCCAGAUCAUUGUCCACAUCCUGAACUGUGCCAUCGCUGCUGUCAUCCUGGACCACAGGGACGCCAACUGCAGCAUCAUGAAGUUCCUCAGAGACCUUAUCCACACUGGCGUUUCCAAAGACCACGAAGAUGACUUUGAGCUGAGGAAGGGGCUGAUCAAGGAGGUGAUGGCACAACAUGGACAGCAUCUGGUCAACCAGCUCCUACAGGCCGUGUGCUUCUGCCUGCCUCCCUACACCCUGCCCGACCUGGCCGAGGUCAUCUGGGAGAUCAUGCAGAUCGACCGUGCGAUCUUUUGCCGGUGGCUUGAAACAUCACUUAAAUCUUUACCGAAGGAGACGGCAGGGGGAGCUGUUACAGUGACACACAAACAGCUGACUGACUUUCACAAACAAGUCACAAGCGCUGAUGAAUGUAAGAAGGUUUGCUGGGCUCUGAGAGACUUCACACGACUCUUCCGAUAGCUGUGCUCACAAACCCAAGACUCGCAUCUGUUUCUCAGAGGAUCAAACAAAAAAGACCGGAAAUUGUGAAUCAAAUCAAUAGUAGAUGCCAUGGCCGGAUCGCAGUAGGAAUUUCCGAGAUAUCCGAACGCAGGAAUGAAGGUCCGUAGUCUGGGAGAGAGAGAGAGAGAGAAGUGCCAAACCUACCGACUGCGUACCGGCACCCAGCACCCGCUUCCCUGGCUUUGUGCGUCAGGCCCUCAGGGUGGGGGAGGGGGGGGAUUUCAGGGCGGGGAGGGGGGAACGCAGAACCCCUCCCCUCAACAAGCCCACAAUGGCGCGCGUGCGAAUGGGGUGUGGGACACAGUCACUGCCUCAAAGCUGGGCUGUCAAUCCCAGAAUCUGGAAUGUAACAACCUGGAAACAGCUGAGAUCCCUUCCUUCAUGGAGGGAUAUUAAUAAUUUUUUGUUUGUUUUUA